GGGUUGCGUCAGUGUUUUGCAGAACUCACUGCGGAUACUAACUAACGGCUGCUGCACUUAUUCCGCUUCUCACACGGCUUUGUUGGUUUCUGGUCUUUGUUACGGACUAUUUCAUCUGCGGGAAAAUCACAUCUGAAGAUCUACCGUGCAGAAUAUCGUCACUUUAAAACAGAACAAUGCAGGAGCAGCUGAUUUCCAGCCUUUCAUCUGAAGACUCAAGUCCCCCAUCCACACCGACAUCUGAUGCUCCAUCCAAACGCUUGUCCUGGAGCAACCUGGUGCAAAAACUGCACAGCAGCCAAAGCCUGGACUCUGAUGCAGACCAUCACAGCAGCACAGACGAUGCAUCAGAUGCAGGUUCCAUAUCCCUAGCCGAUCUGUCCGAAUCCGACUUGUUUUUCGACCCGACCGAAGAGGCGUUGUGCAAAGAAGUGGUGCAGCUCAUCGCACUUAACCUGACUGAUGCCAAAGACGGCGUCUUGCACUGCUCCAAACUCCUCAUUCCCGAGACGCUCCUGGAGCACAUCGGCCAGGAGCUGGUGCACCUGUCGGUCAGCGAGCCCUGUGGCCUUCGUGGUGCCCUCGUUGACCUUUGCGUGGAGCAGGAUGGAAGCUGCGAAGCCGUGGGACAGAUCGCAGUCGACCCAUACCUAGUGCCCACCUUCCAGCUCACACUUGUGCUGAGGCUCGACUCCAGGGGCUUUUGGCCGAAACUCCAGGGGCUUUUCGCCGGCAGCUCGCCUUCGUCUCCGGUUGUUAGACGUGCACUUAAACUGAGCACUGGAUUUAGAGUUAUUAAAAGAAAACUGUACAGCUCUGAAGAGCUUUUGAUUGAAGAAUGCUGAGCCCGACUGACUGAAUGUCCAUGGCAUGGAUUUUACCAGGUUUUAAAAUGAAGCUGGUCUCACAAGAGGCCUGAAGUGUUGUAUGACUGUUUAAAGCAGAAAGUUACCAACUCGCAGGGCAUUUGUAAUGCAGAUGUAGGGUAUAUGAAAAAAGACUUUAAUACAAUAAGGUGUUUAUUAUGUUGCACUUUUGCUGACGUUCUAGUGAAGCAGGAGUUUUUGGGCUGCUGUUGAAAUGUUUACCUCAGGUUCAUGGAAACCAGAUGUGGCAGCUAUUUUCCAUGUAGAAAACUUGACGUUGCUGUUAUUCAAGUGCCGGUUUGUUCAAAGAUGUGUAACAAUGUGUCUGGAUGCAGUUAUUCUCUUAGAUCAAAUGGAAGAGGUGCUUUUUAAAUUUUAUAAUUUUUUUUUUUUUUAACAAUCAUAUGCAUAG